CAAAGCUAAAAAACUGAACCUUGGGAUAUUUUUAUUAAAAUCACUUGUAAUAAAACCUACUUAACACGGAGGAUUCGCCAAACAAACCACAAAUUACUGCAAAAUUUUAUUUUUUGAAGCAGGAAACAUUUUCUUGCUUAAACCCCCGGAUCCAGUUCUGCACCCAUUUCUUCCUCGAUCAAUUCCCGAUCAUCAUACUUCUUUCAUCGUUCCAAUUCCCAAUUCAUAUUGCAAUCGCCGAUUUUCAGUUGGCAGCAACAGAAGCGGGAGAAGAAGAAAUUUGAAAGCUGAAAUCCAAUCACAUUUUUGAAUUGUUUGGAGCAUAGGAAAAUGUCGGUGCAGGAGUAUCUGGACAAGCAUAUGCUCUCCCGGAAGAUUGAGGACGCCGUCAAUGCCGCCGUUAGGGCAAAGACGCCGGAUCCCGUGCUCUUCAUCUCCAAUCACAUGAAGAAAUCCGUCCCCUCCGUCAUCACCAACGUUAAAGCCAGGCAAAUCCUGGAUAGCAGAGGGAUUCCCACUGUCGAAGUCGAUUUGCACACCAAUAAAGGCGUCUUUCGCGCUUCCGCGCCAAGCGGUUUGACCUCUGGGAUGUAUGAAGCUGUUGAGUUGCGAGAUGGAGACAAGGGAAUGUAUCUUGGUAAUGGUGUAUGUAGUGCUGUCAAGAAUGUUAAUGAGAAAAUAUCUGAAGCUUUAAUUGGUAUGGAUCCAACUCUCCAAGUUCAAAUUGAUCAAGCCAUGAUAGACUUGGACAAGACAGAUAAAAAGGGUGAACUUGGGGCAAAUGCAAUUCUAGCAGUCUCAAUGGCUGCUUGCAGAGCAGGGGCAGCUGAAAAAGAGGUCCCAUUAUACAAACACAUUGCUGAUUUAGCUGGUAAAACAAGUUAUCACCUUCCUGUUCCAGCUUUCACUCUCAUAAGUGGCGGAAACCAUGCUGGGAACAAUCUUGCCAUUCAGGAAAUCAUGAUCCUUCCUGUUGGGGCAAAAAAGUUUGAGGAGGCGUUGCAGAUAGGAGCUGAGACUUAUCAUCAUCUAAAGGCCGUGAUUACUGAAAAAUAUGGUUCACACGGAUGUAAUGUUGGAGAAGAUGGUGGUUUUGCUCCCGAUAUAUCCAGCUUGAAAGAAGGCUUGGAUUGUGUAAAGGAGGCCAUUGGAAGAACGGGAUACAAUGAGAAAAUAAAGAUAGCAAUUGGUGUUGCUGCUACUAAAUUUUGCAUAGGUACCAAGUAUGAUUUGGAUUACAAAACACCAAAUAGAUCCGGUCAAAACUUUAAAUCAGGGGAGGACAUGAUUGAUAUGUACAAAGAACUUUGUGAAGCCUACCCUAUUGUGUCAAUUGAAGAUCCAUUUGAUAAAGAAGAUUGGGAGCACUCCAAAUAUUUCUCUAAUCUUGGGAUAUGCCAGGUUGUAGGCGAUGACUUGUUGAUGUCAAAUCCAAAACGAAUUGAGAGGGCAGUACAGGAGGGAACUUGCAACGCUCUUCUCCUUAAGGUCAACCAGGUGGGAACUGUAACUGAGGCCAUUGAAGCAGUCAAGUUAGCUAAGGAUGCCAAUUGGGGAGUGGUAAUUUCUCAGAGAAGCGGGGAAAGUGAAGAUUCUUUCUUAGCUGAUAUAGCUGUUGGUCUCGCAACUGGUCAAAUUAAGGCAGGAGCGCCUUGCCGCGGGGAGAGACUAGCGAAGUAUAAUCAGCUGCUCAGAAUUGAGGAAGAGCUGGGUGAUCAAGCAAUUUAUGCUGGUGACGACUGGAGGCACCUUUAACAAUUUCAGAAGUCUUUAUUCACCGUGAUUUUCCAUAAGCAAAGCAGGCUCCUCUUAGUCCUGUUGUUCAACACGUGAGACUGGGGAUACAAGGAAAUCUCCAACCACCUUCCAAUGAUGGUCUGUGAUUGUUAUUUUGGUAAUAUUUGAACAGUUUCAGGGGAGCACUAAUUCAUGAAAUCCAAGUGCGAGAGCUCAAAAUAUGCAACAAUGGCUUUCGAGUCGUAGCAGUGACCACAAUGGACAAUUGUGCUUAAGAUUUGGAACAUGAGCCUGAGGCAACUCAGUUUUGCAGCGGCAACGCCAGAGUCCCCAUGAAGAUUUCAGGAUUUGUAUCUGUCAUGUGGUUGGGUUUAGUUGGUUUAGAACGUCAAGUAUUAACCAUACGGUUCGGUUAUCUCAACCCCAGAGUCUUUUUUGUCCAAACUUUUAUCAUUUUUUAUUUGUGAUACAAGUUUACCCAUUUUGGAUGUGAAUUAGUAGCAAGUAAUGAAAGAUACUUCUAAGUUCUAAUCAA